AUGGCUUCCGUCCGCUUUCCCGACGACAGUCUCAAUUUGCCGGAUACCGAGAUUCAGGAGACGCCCAGUAAUAUCUCCAAACCUACCAAACGGCAAAGAUGGGCGACAACCCGACAUGCCGGCUCCGGCGGAGUGCGGAAACGUGUGUCGAUCAUCGAUCGUUUUCACAAAAGGUCAAAUUCGAGGGACGAGAAGCGUAGGUCCAACGCCCCCAGCUGGACCGCCGACAAUGCCUCGACGAACGGUGUAGAUCCCUCGGAAACCGGCGCGAACCGAACAAUCUACUUCAACAUCCCGAUCCCCGAAUCAGAACGCGAUGAAGAAGGCCAUCUGAUGCACGCUUAUCCCCGGAACAAGAUCCGUACUGCCAAAUAUACUGCUUUAACGUUCGUCCCGAAAAACGUUUGGUUGCAGUUCCACAACAUUGCAAACAUCUAUUUCUUGUUCGUCAUUAUUCUUAAUUUCUUUCCCAUCUUCGGUGCCAACAACCCCGGACUUAACGCAGUUCCGCUGAUUGUCAUUAUCGUGGUGACCGCGAUCAAAGAUGCAAUCGAAGAUUGGGGGCGAACUGUCGUGGAUAACCAAGUGAACAAUUCUCCGGUGUACCGAUUGGUUGAAUGGAGUAAUGUGAACUCCACCGAGGAUAGCAUUGGGCCCUGGCGUCGGGUCAAGAAGGCGAGCACUCGUGGCAUCAUCGCUUCUUACAAGUGGAUGAAGACCUUGUUCAACAAAAAGACCGAUGAGUCCGACCCAGUAGAUGAUCAGCGACGCGAAUCAUUCCUUACAGCGGGCACUCCACGAGCCUCCUCGGUAUAUUCGAAUCGCGACUCUCUUGCUGCCGAUGUUGCCAUCCCGAUGACCGAUGUUCCUUCUCCCAAACCCGACGCUCGACCGGAGUGGCCGAGACACCCCGAGAGCAAGUAUCUUUCUCCCGAUAGCGCAGCUCGCGAAAGUGUGGUAGCCCCGUCACCUGACAAGAAGACCGGCACCGUCGUGGAUAACACCAAAGUGACACCCGGCAUAGCUCGUUUCAAGCGUGACUACUGGAAGAAUAUCCAAGUAGGUGACUUUGUUCGAUUGUAUAACGAAGACCCGAUCCCCGCCGAUAUCGUGAUUCUAUCUACCUCUGAUCCCGAUGGAGCUUGCUACGUCGAAACAAUGGGACUGGACGGUGAGACCAAUCUGAAGGUCCGCCACGCUCUUCAUUGCGGUCGCCAGGUCCGGCAUGCCCGGGACUGCGAAAAGGCUGAGUUCACCAUCGAGAGUGAGGCGCCUCACCCCAACUUGUACAGCUACAAUGGUGCGAUUCGCUGGGAUCAGCGUGAUCCACGGUUCCCCGAGGCCCCUCGCAAGGAGAUGGUGGAGCCUAUAACCAUCAACAACAUGCUGCUUCGUGGCUGUUCUCUGCGCAGCACCGAGUGGAUUCUUGGGGUGGUCGUUUUCACGGGCGGAGAGAGCAAGAUCAUGCUAAACUCUGGCGCAACACCUGCCAAACGUGCUCGUUUGGCCAAGGAUCUGAACUGGAACGUCAUCUACAACUUCAUCAUUCUGUUCAUCAUGUGUCUUGUCGCCGGUAUCGUGAACGGCUUUGCAUGGGCUGCGCCAGACAACUCUUUAGACUUCUUCGACUAUGGUUCCUAUGGAGGCACGCCUCCUGUCACGGGUAUCGUUACCUUCUGGACAGCUGUCAUUCUGUUCCAAAACUUGGUUCCCAUUUCUCUCUACAUCUCUCUUGAAAUUGUUCGGACUAUCCAAGCAGUCUUCAUCCACAGUGAUCUUUACAUGUACUACGAACGGCUUGGACUAUACUUUGAGUACAUUUUCUCUGACAAGACCGGUACCUUGACCCAGAACGUCAUGGAGUUCAAGAAAGCUACGGUCAAUGGCGUCUCUUACGGAGAGGCUUAUACGGAGGCCCAGAUUGGCAUGAGGCGCCGCCAGGGUGUCGAUGCCGAUGCCGAGGCUGCCGUAGCUCGUGCACAAAUUGCCGCCGAUGGAGUCAAGAUGCUCGAAAGCCUCCGUCGCCUCCACGACAACCCAUAUUUGAAAGACGAGAACUUGACAUUUAUUGCUCCAAACUAUGUCGCGGACAUUGAAGGGCAAUCAGGUGAGGAGCAGAAGAAAGCCGUCGAGCAUUUCAUGCUGGCUCUGGCCCUUUGCCACACCGUCAUCACUGAACAUACCCCUGGUGAUCCGCCUCAAAUCGAGUUCAAAGCACAGUCGCCCGACGAAGCGGCCCUGGAACGCACUUACACGGUCUUGAACACCCUCGAGUUCAACUCCUCCCGAAAGCGUAUGAGUGCGAUCAUUCGCAUGCCUGACGGCACCAUCCGUCUCUUCUGCAAGGGUGCGGACAGCAUAAUCUACUCUCGUCUGGCUCGUGGCCAGCAGCAAGAGCUUCGACGCAAGACCGCCGAGCACUUGGAGGAAUUUGCCAAGGAGGGUCUUCGAACCUUGUGUGUUGCUGAUAAACUCCUGAGUGAGGAUGAAUAUCAUACCUGGGCUCGAGAGCACGACAUUGCCGCCGCUGCCAUCACCGAUCGUGAAGAGAAGUUGGAGAAGGUUUCGAGCGAGAUCGAACAGGACUUAACGCUUAUCGGCGGUACUGCCAUUGAGGAUCGACUGCAAGAUGGUGUGCCGGAUACCAUCCAGUUGCUCGCUGAUGCCGGUAUCAAGCUGUGGGUUUUGACCGGUGACAAGGUCGAGACUGCCAUCAACAUUGGUUUCUCCUGCAACCUGCUCAACAACAACAUGGAGCUGAUUGUUCUCAAUAUUGCCGAGAACCAGCGCGAACAAGCUUCUAUGGAGCUCGUCAAGCACCUUCAGACCUUUGGAUUGACUGGCUCCGACGAAGAACUCGUCGCUGCCCGUAAAGAUCACUCCCCUCCCGAACCUACGCAUGCAGUGAUCGUCGACGGAGAAACCCUCAAGCUGAUGCUUGACGAUGAUUUCAAGCAGAAAUUCCUCUUGCUGUGCAAGCAGUGCAAGGCUGUUCUGUGUUGCCGUGUCAGUCCGGCUCAGAAGGCUGCUGUCGUCAACAUGGUCCGUCAUGGUUUGAACAUCAUGGCUCUUUCAAUUGGUGAUGGUGCCAACGAUGUCGCUAUGAUCCAAGAGGCUGACGUCGGUGUUGGUAUUGCUGGCGAGGAAGGUCGACAGGCUGUUAUGUCCUCGGAUUAUGCUAUUGGGCAGUUCCGUUUCCUUCAACGUCUUCUUCUUGUGCAUGGCCGAUGGUCCUAUCGUCGGUUGGGAGAGUGUACAGCCAACUUCUUCUAUAAGAAUUUGGUGUGGACUUUCGCUCUCUUCUGGUACUGUAUCUAUAACGACUUCGAUGGCUCCUAUCUCUUUGACUACACCUAUAUUGUUCUAGUCAACUUAGCUUUCACCUCGCUGCCUGUCAUCUUCAUGGGUAUCUUUGAUCAGGAUGUUGAUGACAGGGUCUCGUUGGCAGUGCCUCAACUCUACAUGAGAGGUAUUGAGCGCAAGGAAUGGUCACAGUUCAAGUUUUGGGCGUAUAUGACUGAUGGUCUGUACCAGUCCGUGAUUUGCUUCUUCAUGCCCUACAUGCUAUACAAGCCUGCGAACUUUGCCACUGAAAGUGGCCGUGACAUCGCUGACCGAACCCGCAUGGGUGUCCUGAUUGCCACUUGUGCCGUGCUUGCUAGCAACACCUACAUCAUGAUGAACACUUACCGCUGGGAUUGGUUCACGGGUCUCAUCAAUGCGAUCAGUUCCCUCCUGAUCUUCCUGUGGACUGGCAUUUACUCUUCGUUUACCGGUUCGGGUCAGUUUUACCAAUCUGCUGCCGAAGUCUACGGUGCUCUUAGUUUUUGGGUCGUCCUCCUAGUGACCUGCAUGAUCGCUCUGCUCCCUCGCUUCUCAUACAACGCUGUAAUGAAGGUGUUUUUCCCCCUCGAUGUCGAUAUUAUUCGUGAACAGGUGACCAUGGGCAAGUAUAAGCACCUAGAGGCGAAUGACGAUCUUCCAACUCUUUCCCCAAAAGCGGGGGAGGUGGCCGCGGUCUCGAGUAAUGGGUCAGCCACCUCCUCGGAAUUCGUCAAGCCCAUUCAGCCCGCUGCGAAGCAGGAUCCUUUCAAUAAUCCCGAUGAAGAACGGGCUUACUAUUCGCCUACCGGCACCGCCAAUGGCGCUCAUACCAACGGCCACAACCCCCGGAGUCAAAACAGCAGCAACGGCACAAACUAUACCGCAAGCCUUGAUCAGUAUCCACGGCCUCAAUCAGUGGACUACGUCCGACGGUCUCAUGACCGGACCCGUCAUUCCUUCGAGCGUGUGCGGCAAAGUUUUGAGCAAAGCAACGACUUUACCUCAGCGGCCAUGCUACAACGCAUGGAAUCGAGCCACAACGAGCCCCCCUCAGGAUCCCUUCCGAGCUCCCGGCGAGCCUCCUGGACAUAA